AUGAAACAUGAAGCUCUUUCUCAACCCACCUGCACCAUGACGCUGGUGUGCAACUCGACCUCCCACUUACUUAUUGACGAUGACACACACAAAGUAGAGCAGAAUAAGAAAAGAAAGGACUCGGUGAAGAAGAAGGCCGAGGAUGAGGAGAUCCCAAAGAAGAACAUGGAGGAUUGGAAGAAGUUCGCCGACCCGUCCAACGCUUCGUCGGAGUCGGGAGGUGCGGCGGCGGAGGUGACCUCGCUGAUCCUCGACAACAGGGAGUUCGUCAUGAUCCUGACGACUACGGUGGCCGUGCUGAUCGGGUGCGUGGUGGUGCUGGUCUGGAGAAGAUCCAGCUCCCCCAAGCGGAGCUACCAGCCGCCGACGCCGUUGGUUGUCAAGAAGAAGGAGGAGGAUGUGGUGGUUGAUGAUGGGAAAAAGAAGAUCACUGUGUUUUACGGUACUCAGACUGGUACUGCUGAAGGAUUCGCCAAGGCUCUGGCCGAGGAGGCGAAGGCGCGGUAUGAGAAGGCUGUAUUCAAAGUUGUUGACAUGGAUGAUUAUGCCGGGGAUGACGAUGAGUACGAGGAGAAGUUCAAGAAAGAGUCUAUAGCUUUCUUCUUCCUCGCUACGUAUGGAGAUGGUGAGCCGACUGAUAAUGCAGCAAGGUUCUACAAGUGGUUUACUGAGGGUAAAGAAGCCAGAGGAGAAUGGCUCAAGAUGAAUUAUGGAGUGUUCGGUCUUGGCAAUAAGCAAUAUGAACACUUUAAUACGAUUGCUAAGGAGGUGGAUGAUCUUCUGGCUGAACAAGGUGGCAAGCGCAUUGCUCCCGUGGGUCUAGGAGAUGAUGAUCAAUGCAUGGAAGACGACUUUUCUGCUUGGAAAGAGUUGGUAUGGCCAGACCUCGAUGGUUUGCUUCUUGAUGAGGAUGAUCAAUCAUCUGCAACCACCCCGUAUACUGCUGCGGUGUUGGAAUACCGGGUUGUGUUCUAUGACUCCACUGAUGCACCAGUAGAAGACAAAAGCUGGAGUGGUGCCAAUGGUCACGCUGUCUAUGAUGCUCAACAUCCAUGCAGGUCUAAUGUUGCUGUGAGGAAAGAGCUUCACACUCCUCUUUCUGACCGAUCUUGCACCCAUUUGGAAUUCGACAUUGCUGGCACUGGACUCUCAUAUGAAACUGGGGAUCAUGUUGGUGUGUACUCUGAGAAUGUCGAGGAGGUUGUAGAAGAGGCACUGCAGUUGUUAGGUUUGUCGCCCGACACAUACUUCUCCGUCCACUCCAAUAAAGAGGACGGGACACCACUCAGUGGAAGCUCAUUGCCAACACCAUUCCCACCGUGCACCUUGAGAACAGCUCUGCCUCGAUAUGCCGAUCUUUUGAAUGCUCCCAAAAAGUCUGCUUUGCUUGCUUUAGCAGCUCAUGCUACUGAUCCUACUGAAGCCGAUAGAUUGAGAUAUCUCGCUUCACCUGCUGGCAAGGAUGAAUAUGCAAAAUGGGUAGUUGCUGAACAGAGAAGUAUCCUUGAGGUCAUGGCUGCAUUUCCCUCUGCAAAGCCUCCACUUGGUGUUUUCUUUGCUGGAGUUGCUCCUCGCUUGCAGCCUCGAUUCUAUUCUAUCUCUUCAUCUCCAAGGAUGGCACCAUCUAGAAUCCACGUGACUUGUGCUCUGGUGCUUGAGAAAACUCCAGGGGGACGGGUGCACAAGGGAGUGUGCUCAACUUGGAUGAGGAAUGCUGCUCCUAUGGAGAAGAGUCAAGACUGCAGUUGGGCCCCCAUUUUCAUUCGGCAAUCGAAUUUCAGACUUCCUGCAGAUACUAAAGUUCCCAUCAUAAUGAUUGGUCCUGGGACUGGACUGGCUCCUUUCCGGGGCUUCCUGCAGGAAAGACUAGCACUCAAAGAAUCCGGAGCAGUACUUGGGCCCUCUAUCUUCUUCUUUGGUUGCAGAAACCGUAAGACGGAUUUCAUCUACGAGGAUGAACUCAACAACUUCGUCGAAGCCAGUGCACUCUCUGAGCUGAAUGUUGCCUUCUCGAGGGAAGGAGCUACCAAAGAGUAUGUGCAGCACAAAAUGAUGCAGAAGGUGCACGACGAUUUCCUCUGCAUUUUUUUGCUCAACGAGUUCAUUAGUGCCACUGUAGAGGAGAAGCUUCAAGAACCGAUGGUCAAUUAGAUCUUCGUCACAGUAGCUUGCACGAGGACAGUGGCAAUGACUUGAGGAUAGGAGGAUCACUAAGGUCUCCCAGUUGAUUAAACAGCUCUCAUCUCCUGAAGGAAAAGAAGAGAGACGCAUCAAAAUUCAAUGGAGAUGAUUUGUUUAUGUUGAUGGUUUUGGGAGGUCAAAAGUUCCCCUAUUGUCUGUUGGUAAAGAUUUUGUGGCUCCUUGAUAUCAAUGGUCACUUGCAACAUGCAACAGUACAGAGGGAUGGAGAUGAAAUGUAGAGCUUUCCUGCAACUACUCUAUACUUUCAUUGUUCAGAUAAUUGGUGGCACCUCACACUAUGAUGCGCUUACAAGUUCAACUGCUUCUGGAGAACAUAUAAACAAAUCCGCAUUUGAUGCGAAGCGAAGUGAGCGGGUCCUUCCUAGGAAUAGGUGGGUUCGUGUGAUUUGGUGCUAGGAAUUGGUAGGUCGGAGCAAGAGAAUUGAUGCUUUUGCAGGAUGUAUCGAAGACUUGGUGCUUGUGAGGAUACUGUUGAGAUUUUAUGGUGGUCAGAUGAGAAAAUUGAAGUGUGCUUUUAGGCUUCAAUUUAGUUACGGGAAGCCUUCCGUCGUGAUGAUAUAUGCAAGAAAGGAGAAUGCUUAGGGAAUGCAGCAGCCGAAAGAGGGAAGUGGGAAGAGAGUAGUAGGGUUGCCGAACUGACUUACACUGAGAGAGGAAGAAUGAAUAGUAUAAGGAGGGAAAGGAGAAGAUGAGUUGGUAGAGGAGGAGAAAGACUCACAUGCUGGCAGCACAAUUUCCUUGCUUCCCGCUCAAGUUUUGAGGAUCCGCUCCUUAUCCAACUUGGUGGAUGUACAUGUUUCUUUGCCUUCCAAGAGUGAGUGAAGAAAUGAUCCAUUACCAAGCUAAUCGACCUGCCAAUUCUCUAAUUCCUUAGAUUUUGACUUUGUUGAAGAGACGGGUAAGGAUCAAGCUUCUUUUUGAACGUAUGUCCUUUGAGAUUUGAGUUAAACAAGCUGAUCUUAGAAAGCAAAUUGCAU